GAUGAAUUUAAUAAAUACAAAAUUUGGUUUCUGUCAAAAAAUUCCCAAAUUAAUUGUUUUUUCAAAAUAUUCAAAUAGUUAUUACACAAAAGGAAGGACUUUUCGUUAUAUAGAUUUGGCCAAAGUUGGGGAUGAUGCUAUAGAAGGAAUGGCAUUACUUGAAGAAAGAAGAAUGUCUAAAAAAGCGAGGGAGGAUGAAGAAAGGGCAGAAAGGAGAGCUAAAGGGAUUAUGUAUGAUGAGGAGAAAAUCGCUGGUGGGAAAAAUACAUUUUUAUAUGCUGGAGAAUAUAGGGAAUUGUAUGAAGUUGACAAGGAAAUGUGGAAGUUAAUCAAAUUUAUUUUGGUAGCUAUGGCUUUGGGUGUUAUAGGUUUUAUUUAUGUGAAAGCUGACCUUACAAAAAGACGUCGAAAAGUAAUGGCUGAACGAAAAAAGAGAAUGGCGGAAGCGCGUAAAUUAAAACAAAGUCAAAAUUCUUCGACAGCUACACAUUAGAAUUAAAAAUCCCUAAUUGUUUUAUUUUGUUUAUUUCAAUAAAUAAUUGACAGGUUUUCUUAAAAUAAUUUUUAGACAGUCGAAUUUCUCUAAUAAAUCAGCAUUGGCGCAAAGCGUAACGUGCCGUAAUCAGGGCUGUCCGCAAGUGAAAAAUAUUUUCCUCAGCCGCAAUUUUGAUUUUAAAAUCCGCAGUCCAAAAAACCACGCAAUUGCGGACAGCCCUGGUCGUAAUGCCAAACGACAAAAGUUUUCGCAUCGGCGUUGUCGAAGAUGACCUACAGUUUGGUAUUUCGGAGGCUUUUGGGGUUGGUAAUACGUCUUUUGGUAUUAUUGCAGCAUAUAGAAAGGAAUCUAAGG